GCCCGCACUGGGCCUGCCGCCGCGCCCGCACGUCGUCCGCUCGCACUGCACGGAAGCGCCGCAGUGCGCGUGCGCCUGCGCCGGCACUCCAACUUGAAACAGAGCAGGCGGUAGCUCCGGAGGUCUGGCGGGGCGGACCCCCGAGAUAGUCGCUGUUCUCGGCCUCCCGGCGUUGGGAAGUGUCCUCUGCGGGGUAGAGAAAAUGAGAGGACCUGAGAGACUGGAGUUAGAGCUGUGGUAGCAGAACUAGAACUAAAAUGCAGGCUGUUAAUCUUGAAGCAGCAACUAUGUGGGCACCUGGAAUGGCCAGAUAUCAAGGUGAAGUUCAAAGUCUGAAACUGGAUGAUGAUUCAGUUAUAGAAGGAGUAAGUGACCAAGUUCUUGUGGCAGUUGUGGUCAGUUUCACUUUGAUUGCUUCCCUGGUAUAUGCACUUUUCAGAAAUGCACAUCAGAACAUUCAUCCAGAAAACCAAGAGCUAGUAAGGGUGCUUCGAGAACAACUUCAAACAGAGCAGGAUGCACCUGCUGCUGCUCGACAGCAGUUCUACACUGACAUGUACUGUCCAAUCUGCUUACAUCAAGCCUCCUUCCCUGUUGAAACAAACUGUGGACACCUUUUUUGUGGUGCCUGCAUUAUUGCAUACUGGCGAUAUGGUACCUGGCUUGGUGCAAUCAGUUGUCCAAUCUGUAGACAAACGGUAACUUUACUCCUAACGGUAUUUGGUGACACUGAUCAAUCUCAGGAUGUUGUAAGAUUGUAUCAAGAUGUUAAUGAUUAUAAUCGGAGAUUCUCAGGGCAGCCCAGAUCUAUUAUGGAAAGAAUCAUGGAUCUACCCACUUUACUGAGACAUGCUUUCAGGGAAAUGUUUUCAGUUGGGGGUCUUUUCUGGAUGUUUCGCAUUAGGAUAAUACUUUGUUUAAUGGGAGCUUUUUUCUAUCUUAUAUCACCUCUAGAUUUUGUACCUGAAGCAUUGUUUGGAAUUUUAGGCUUUCUAGAUGAUUUCUUUGUCAUCUUUUUGUUGCUUAUCUACAUCUCUAUUAUGUAUCGAGAAGUGAUAACCCAAAGGCUAACCAGAUGAAUAAAGAAAAGAGUUUAACCAGAAUAUCUGAGCUAAAGCAUAAUACCAAACAGAAGGACUCUUGUCAGUAUAAAUCAUCUAUUAUCUUCUAAGGUUGAAACUAUUAUAUGACAAACAUCGGAUUAUCAUUUGACAAAUACCUAGGAGUACAUAACUGGAAUUUUUAUAUGUUGCGGGUUCUGAUGUUAAGAUGAGAAUUACAAUAACCUACAGUUGUAUCUUGAUUCUAUAUUAUCUAUAAAGUCUCUGGAAAAAAUGAAAUCACUAAAAAGAUAUUUUGACAUCUUAUCUCUCAAAGUUACUUAGAUUAAUUGGAUAUAUAAUACUGUAUUGUUAAAUGUAGUUUAUCCAUUUGUCCUCCUUAGUGGCUACUUCUACAGUAAUAUAUAGCUAUGAGACAAAUAUUUUUGUUAUAAUAAAAUAUUGUAUUAUAUUGGAGAAAAGUUAGUGUUUCUUUUAGUACUAGCUAAGUUGUGUGCAUUGGGAGCAGUUCUGAUUUCCCAUUCAGCCAUAAUUCUAUCUUACCACCUGAAACUGAAUGAAGAAACUUGAGCUUUAUAAUUUCACUUCAUAUUCCAGUUUAUGGAACACUUUUUAAUCAAUAGAAGAAUAACAAGAUGAAAACAUUUAUCUCCAGCCAAGCAUACUUGAUGUUCACAGUUACAACAUUUGCACAAAAGUUUGGUCCUUUGAUAGGAAUGCAUACUCAUAAAUAACUCAUAAAGGGAACAUUGUUUUAGGAGCCUAGGUGGUACUGCAUUUCUAAAGAAACUGGAUCUUUAUGUCUGUUACCACCAAACCCUUAGGAAGGUAACAGGAACACUAUUUAAAUUUGGCAAGAGAAAUUAGUGGUUAGCUCUAACAACAGAAUGGAAAAAUUGGGUUGUCCGUUGUCAGAAAGUUUUAUAAUACUAUCUCCUAGAUGGCAGCAUAUUACAGCCCUGAUUGCUAUCUUGUGCAAAAUAAGUAAAUGUGUCUGAGAUGAUUUGAUUGCACAGGGAUGCUCUUAUGUUUGUGUUUGUAUUCUGAUGACCAUGGCAUGAGUAUCUAAUGCCUUCUUUGCAGUUUUCUGUUUGAGACUAGUUAGUACCACAAGGAUUACAAAAUACUUCCUCAUUCUGUUGGCAUUGCUCAUUAUUGGCUUGAAGACAUCAGCAUGUCAGUUGAUACCCACCAGUCAGUGUGGCAUUGUCAUCGGCAGUCACUGAUACUAAUAUUAUUCAUUAGUUUGUUAGUGAGCCUCAUUUUAUAUACACAGCGAAAAAAGAGAAAACCUGUCACAUUUUCCCCUGUUAAUCAGCUUGGCUAUCAGCUAAUGAGAUUCUGAAUGAAAUAUCAAUUUAUGUUUUCUAAUUCGGACCUAGGACAGAGCUGUUGCUUGUCAUAGAAACAAUAAUGCUUAGGUAUAGCACAUUGAAAUUCCAGCAAUUCCUCACAUACUUUUCAUUUUACCCUUAGGGAAAUCUUGUAAGGAAGGAAUGGCAUUUACCUUACUUUCCUAGAUGAAAUCCCCAAGGUAUUGAUGAAAGUUAUAGGUGAAGUCAGACAACAAAUAAGUGAUUGAACUGGUAGAUGUUUAGGUGAACAUAAAGAAUGUUAAGGAGAAGCAGGAGAGAAACUGCUAUCCUUUUAAGUCUUUGGUAAUGUAUCAUUCCUUCACUGGAAUAAGACACUUAGAUGCUCCUAAGAAAAAAAGAUCUAGAAAGAUGACUCAUCAGAGACUUCAUGAAUCCUAAUUCUGCGCUUUCAAACCAAUCCUUUUAAGAGAGAGACGUAUGUUAUAGAAAAAUAUUUCAGCUCAGGUACCAGUUUGAAAAGUUCAGUGAGUAGGAGCUUAUUACACUAGACUGGAAAUGUAUAUCCUACCCAUGAUAAAUUUGAUGUGGGACUAUAGCACCAUCAUUUUCUGAAAGGAUUUUAUUUUCUGUGUAUAUGUUCUCCAAGUGUCAAAUUUCUGGUUACAAUAACUUUGUAAUAUCUGGAAUUAUUGCUGCUUUCUUGGUAGAGAUGUAUUGUGCCAAAUUUUGUAAUAUACAAAAGCACUGUAUGAUCUAAGGUCUUAUCAGAAUGAAUAGUAAACAUUCUGACAUCUCAGAAUUUUAGAACUGAUUCUAAGGUCAUCUUCACUGAUCACUGGUGAUAAAUACAGAAGCGAUCUGAGAGUAUUUGCAGUACAGUCAGUGUUUUAACCAUCAUAGUAAUACUUGUAUGAUUCAGAAUUACAUCAUACAAGUCAAAACAACUAUUUUGGUUUUUAAAAAAUACUGUAACUUUCACAAACAUAUGGUCCAACCCCAGGAGCAGCUGAGGCCACAACUUGGCAGCUCUGUGGGGAACAAGACAGAGCAACAGUCGUUCUUACAGCCACUUGAACAGUGGUUUCCACGCCCGCACUUCUCCGCAUUUGAGAGGAGCAAGGGCGGAAGGACUCACGGUGAUGAUCCCUGUGGUUCACAGAUACCUACCUCACAGAGUUGGUGUGGAGGAUUGAUUGGUUUGAAUUUCAUAAUUUGAAGUUUGUCAAGUAUUUUAUUCUUUUUAAUAAAAGCAUAUGUAAAAAUUUUUAAAA